AUGGAGGCCCGCGGGGAGCUGGGCCCGGUCCGGGAGUCGGCUGGCAGUGACCUGCUGCUGGCGCUGCUAGCACGAAGGGAGGACCUGCGCCGAGAGAUCCCGCUGUGCGCCGGCUGCGAUCAGCACAUCCUGGACCGGUUCAUCCUCAAGGCUCUGGACCGACAUUGGCACAGCAAGUGCCUCAAAUGCAGCGACUGCCACACGCCGCUGGCCGACCGCUGCUUCAGUCGUGGAGAAAGCGUCUACUGUAAAGAUGACUUCUUUAAGCGCUUCGGGACCAAAUGCGCCGCAUGCCAGCUGGGCAUCCCGCCCACGCAGGUGGUGCGCCGCGCCCAGGACUUCGUGUACCACCUGCACUGCUUUGCCUGCGUCGUGUGCAAGCGGCAGCUGGCCACAGGCGACGAGUUCUACCUCAUGGAAGACAGCCGGCUCGUGUGCAAGGCGGACUACGAGACGGCUAAGCAACGGGAAGCCGAGGCCACGGCCAAGCGACCGCGCACGACCAUCACAGCCAAGCAGCUGGAGACGCUGAAGAGCGCCUACAACAACUCGCCCAAGCCCGCGCGCCACGUGCGCGAGCAGCUCUCCUCCGAGACAGGCUUGGACAUGCGCGUCGUGCAGGUCUGGUUUCAGAACCGCCGGGCCAAGGAGAAAAGGUUGAAGAAGGACGCGGGUCGGCAACGCUGGGGACAGUAUUUUCGCAAUAUGAAGCGCUCCCGGGGCAGCUCCAAAUCCGACAAGGACAGCGUCCAGGAGGAGGGGCAGGACAGCGACGCGGAGGUCUCCUUCACGGAUGAGCCCUCCAUAGCAGAAAUGGGCCCCACCAACGGCCUCUACGGCAACCUGGGAGAGCCCGCCCCUGCCCUGGGCCGGCCCUCUGGAGCACCCAGCAGUUUCUCGCUAGAGCACGGAGGCCUGGGGGGCCCGGAGUCCUACCGAGAGCUGCGUCCUGGCAGCCCCUUCGGUGUCCCCCCAUCCCCGGCCGCCCUGCAGAGCCUGCCUGGCCCACAGCCCCUGCUCUCCAGCUUGGUGUACCCGGAUCCCGGCUUGGGCCUCGUGCCCUCGGGGGCCCCGGGAGGGCCCCCACCCAUGAGGGUGCUGGCGGGAAAUGGACCCAGCUCUGACCUGUCUACAGGAAGCAGCGGGGGCUACCCGGAUUUUCCCGCCAGCCCCGCCUCCUGGCUGGAUGAGGUGGACCAUGCUCAAUUCUGA